AUGGCGCAAUCCAGCUUCAAUUUUGAUAGCUUCUUAGCUCUGCCAGUGAUGCAAUCUGCCAAUCCGCCUCCCCUUCCAACGUCAUUUACCUUUACAUUUCAAGGUCCUCCGCGGGGGACACAGGACCAGGUCACUCAUCCUGUCCCUCGUAAAACCACAAAGGCUUGGCUAAACCGACUCUUUCGCGAAGACGCCGAGCUCUUAGAUCGACUGUUGUCGUACCUUGAACCUUGCGAUCUCGCCUCGCUGGCCUGCCUCAAUCGCUUGAUUAACGGCGAAAUGCGUGCCUAUUCGCGCAGAGUAUUCUCAAUCACCAGAGUGCUCUCCCCAUUCUUCAAAGACUGCGAUUCAUUCAGGGAGAUGCAAUCGCGCACGGGGACUUUGAUCUCAGGAUCUACUGCUCUUCAAGUCUUUGAGAGGACAACCUACACCGAUUCUGAUCUGGAUCUAUACGUCGAGCACCGUUACGCGCUCGAUGUGGUGAAGCAUCUGGACCAAGAGGGUUACACAUUCAUUCCACGCGAAACCCAAGCACUUACAGCGGAAGAGACUUUGGAGGAUACAGAAGAGCUACUUCACGCAGGCCAUUACCUCGGCCAGGGCAUCGCCAAUGUGCUUGACUACUCUCGAGAUGAUAAGAAGAUCCAGGUGAUCGUUUCCAAACGAUCACCAAUCGACAUCAUCCUACAUUUCCACUCAACCUGUGUCAUGAAUAUCAUCUCACACAGCACGGCAUAUAGUCUUUUCCCCCGCCUCACUUUCGCGAAGCGCGUCUCUCGAACGUUCACAUCACUAGCAUCCGCGCCAAGACCGGGAACCAAGUGGACGACAGCGCGGUUGAAGUACAUCAGCCGAGGGUUCAGAUUCGUGCAAGCUCUCGAUGGUGACCCCGGUCACGGUGUCAUUGAGCGCUGGAUCGGAGACGCGCGGACAUGGACCAUCCCACUUUCACCGGAGUUGCCCAAUCUUGGAGAAGAUACACUCCCCAUCUGCUCGUUUCAAGAGGUAUUUGAUCGUUGGAACGGGAGCUCUAUUGAGUACGACCUAUGCGAAAGCUCAAGACUUUGCUUCGUGUACACUUCUGCCAAGCAUGAACGUGCUAUCCUGCGCACUGCAUGGAGUAUACAGUUGACCAAGCCCCGCGGAUACUCGGACAACCCCGGCAAGCUUGACCGUUCCUUGUGCGACGCGUUGAGCAUCUACCGGGCUGCAGAUGCUGUUGCGAAAACAGGCCUAAACCCAGGUAGAAGGCCUUUGGGUGCGCUCACGUUUGUCACCGCCAGUCGCGGACUACGCGAAUUCUCGGACUCAGACUCGGAGGGUCUCGACCUCUAG